CAGAAACAAAAAAGGGAAAAUAGCUGAAACCGGCACUUUCCCAUCAUGGCCGCUAUGGAGGCCGCCGUGGAGGAGCUGAAGAACAACAUCCGAGAGUCUGCCAGACGCGCAGAAAAGCAAAUUGAUGCGCGCGCUGCAGAAGUUUCGCAGAGUUUACAACAACUUGAGGCAGCGAAAAGAGACUUGGAGAUGGAGAAACGGAAGCUAGAGGAAGAGCGAGCGACCUUAGUCAGCAUGGAAGAAUACUUCCAACAGCAGCAAGAGGAAAUGGAAGCACUCCGCGACGAGGUGACCAAAUUGAGGCGGGCAGGCGGCCUAUUCGGCUGCUGUAUGGCUCCGAGCAUCCAAGAUCGUCCUGAGGAGCCUUCUGGAUCAUGAGGCUUCUCCGGGCCACGUUGGCUGCACAUUAUAGGCAAUUAACUUGUCUUGCAGUGUGUGUGUGUGUUUUUCUGGUAGCACAAGAAUCAAGAAUCAGUUGCUUGAACUGAAUGCAUUCUCCGCAUACUUUUUGCAACCAACUUACCUUCGCCUUGAGGCCGGGUCAUCCGACUUCUGUUCCCUGUCAUUUUCCUGAACCGGUCCCCAAAUAACCUCGUAAAAUGCUACAAGCAGAAGGGAAGGCCGCACCACGAACCGUUGCAAUAUUGCCGGCUAGGCCACUCAAGUGUCUCUUCUUUGCCUGAAGGUUGAGGUAUUAUUUGCAAGUUAGCUCUGCAGGUUUGGAUGAUAUUGAUUUAUUCUCUUCUCUACAUACAAUACGUGUCUCGUUAUUCUUGGAAAAACUUUGCUCAGAGUCAAUGUCUCAGAUCAGCUCAAUUGUUGUGAUCCCCCUCUGAGCUCUACAAACUCUAGUAACUCUAGUAUCUAGAAGUAAGCAACGAAUUACCGUAAAUGGACGGCUGAGAACUGGAAGGAAUGGAGGAGACGGACUCCCAUGAAGUAUGUGCAUUCAGGCGACAAAAACUGGUUGGAAGACACAUGCCGUGCAAAACAUGUUUUCCUGUUUACGUGUUCAAUAUCAUGUAAGCAAUAAUAUGUAAGCAAUGUCCUUGCCGGAGAACUGAGAACUGCUGCGGUCUGAGGUGCCAAUUCAAUGUAUUGGUUCCCCAUGUGUGAGGUCACGUGAUUUAGUGUGAAUUGGAAGAUGAAGUUGUCACAUCCUCCACUUCUGACUUCAAUAUUCUCACAAUCUCUGGAUUGCAAAGCUCAAUUCCAGGUUGCCAUCCGAUGGCACUCCAACUUGUUGUCGCAUUGUCCCUGUCAGUUGAAGGUUUGGUCAUGCUCGUCACAAAUUAGGACCCUUUGUUUUGCAUCUUUUUUGGAGGUCAGAAUAGAUGUUUGGAAGGCGUUUUU